AUGUUAUUAUUUGUAUUAUUUAUAACAGCAUAUGCAAUAACUUGCAAUCAAGCUAUUGACGCUGGUAAUAUAGAUGAAAAUUCUUACACAAAUAUUAUUCAACUAGAUUCAACAACAACUAAUUCAACUUUUGGUUGUUCAUCAAAUAAUAUUUUCAAACAACCAGCUUAUCAAAUAAAAUUUACAGCAACAAAGGCUGUAUCUCUUACUACUUGUUUCAAAGAAACUACAUUAAAUUCUCGACUGAUAUUAACACGCUCUUGCCAAAGUGGAACUAAUCUAGAUUGUCCAAAUGCAAAAGAGUUAUCUAAUCCAAGAUGUUCUGGUCAACAUAAUGAUCUUUUACUUGAACCAGAAGAAGGAGUUACAUAUUAUCUUAUUAUUGCUGGAACUUCUGCACAAGAACAAGGUUCUGUAAAGAUUUCAAUUGAAAGUACUUCUACAAUUGAUAACAGUAAAUGUUCUUUACCUCAACAAAUAAAUAUCCCAACAACAAUUCGUGGUGUUUUUGAUGCUAAUAAUCAUAAUUAUAAUAGUUAUCAAAAACGAAGAGGUUUCUGGUAUAAAUUUGUAGCAACAAAAGAAUCUGUUUACAUUAAUGCUUGUAAUAAGUUUACCACUAUUGAGAGUGAAAUCUUUUUAUUUAAUCAAAGUCAAAUAAAAGAAGAAAAUAAUUGUCAAGACUCUUCAUAUUUUGCAUUCGAUAACCAUGGAUGUGGAUUCCAAGCAAAAUUAAGUUAUCACAAUUUAACUAUUGGUGAAACUUAUUUUAUGUUUAUUUGUUCUUGGAAAGAUGGUAAUGAAUAUGUUCAAAAUGGAAAUUAUGAAGUUACUAUUAGUGAUACACCAGCAGCACAAACAUGUGAAACAUCAUAUUCAAUAACAAAUAUUCCUGUUUCAUUAUCUUUUAAAGUUACAGGAAUUGAAGUAAGUAAUUCAUUAUGUGAAAAUUCAGAAAAAGGAAGAGGAAUUUAUUUAAAUGUACGUGGAGAUGGAAAAAGAUAUGCUAUGCACACAUGUGCUAGUAAUUCAGUAUUUAGUUCAAGUGAUAGAAUUGAUACAUUUAUUGAAUUAUUUAAAGGAGAUUGUUCAAGUUGUGUCACUCAAGAAACAAAUAAUUGUGGAAAUGAUGGAUUAAUUGCCCAAAGUAAUGCCAAAAUUACAGAUUAUACUGAAGUUCGAUUUAAAAUGAUGGAAAUGAAAGAAAAAGAAAAUUAUAAAUGUUCAAAUUCUACUGAAAUUGAUUUAAGACGUCUUGGUAAUUUUUAUUCACAAAUUGUUGAUGCUUCAGAAAUACCAGAAUCUGAAUCUGGUUGUGAUGAAACUUUAAGAAAAAAACAAGGGACAUGGUAUUCAAUUAAAAGUAUUGCUGGACAUACAAAAGUAAUUGCUGGUGUUAUUCCAAACAAUCCAAAUGAAUAUGCAGGACUUUUAGAAAUUAGAAAUAGUUGUAGUGUUAGUGAUGUUUGUGAACAACAUUCAGGUAUAGCUUCAUUUGUUAUGAAAAAAGAAGAUAGUCUUUUAAAAUUAUUUGCUACAGCUCAAAGAACUGGAGGACAAGGAGAACCUUAUGGAGUUUUUAUGUUUUUUGCCGCUUAUAUUGACAUGGAACAAGGAACUUCUAUCGAGAAUGCAAUUGAAAUUACACUUCCAUUUACUGAAGUGAGAGUAUUAGGAUUACAUAAAAUUCCAUCAUUAUGUUAUGGUUUAGAUAAUGUUGCUGGUGUUUAUUACAAAUUUAAAGGACAACCAUUUGUUGAAUACACCUUAAAUUCUUGUGGAGAUGAAACAACUCAAUUAACAACUGUUGAAAUGGAUGGUCAUCCUACAUCUUGGAAUGGUUGUUACGAAGUUAGUCAAACUGUUGCAUGUGGAAUGGGAGGAACUCAAGUUAAAGUUUUAUUGAAUACAAGAUAUAAAGAUGAUACUGCUAUUGCAUCAAUGUGGAUUCCACCAUCAACUGGAAAUAAGGGAAUUGCUCGUUUUAAUAUUUUUGAGAGUCAAAGUAGUGCCCCAAAUGAACGAUGUGAUAAAGCUGAAGAAAUAAAAUUACCAGCAACUCGUUAUUUCUAUAAUGAAAUUAAUUCUAAAUCAAGAUCUACUUGUACCAACCCAGCUGUUGAUGGUUUAUUAGGUAAUUGGUUUGUUAUUACUGCCCCAGAAAACAAAACAUUACUUGUUUUUACUGAUGAUGUUUCUGCAAUGAAAACUCGUAUAGAAAUCUAUGAAUCAUGUAAGAUGGUUACAUCUGAUUCUGUUGGACAAAACUGUUUAUCUUCUGAAACUGUGGAGUCAAACCCAAGAGGUGUAAGAGGAACAACAGUUAUUUAUCCAAUGAAAAAAGGAGAAACUGUUUAUAUCUUUGUUGGAGGUAUGUCUUCUUCUGAUGUUGGAGUUGGAAGAGUAGAUUUUGAAUUUAUAGAAGAUUAUAGUCCAAAUGAUAGUACAAAUGAUACAAGUGAAGAGGAUAAUGGAUUAAGUGGUGGAGCAAUUUUUGGCAUUUUGAUUGCUGUAAUUAUUCUCUUGGUUAUCUUGAUAAUUACUAUUGGAUUAAUUAUUUUCUUAAUCAUCAAAAAGAAGAAAACAUCAACACAAUCAAGUUAUGGUGGAAUUUAA